UAUUUUAAUGAAGCAGAAUGACUUUAAUCAAGCUAAAGGGUGACAGAUUAUUUCCUGAACAAAUCAAAAUUGUUGAGGUUGGUCCCCGAGAUGGAUUACAGAAUGAAAAAGAAGUUGUACCCACUUUGAUUAAAGUAGAAUUUAUCAACAAACUUUCUUUGUGUGGUCUACAAGUUGUUGAAGCAACAAGUUUCGUCUCUCCAAAGUGGGUUCCUCAAAUGGGGGAUCAUAAAGACGUGUAUGAAGCUAUAACCAAACACAGAAAUGUUUCGUAUCCUGUACUUGUACCCAACGUGAAAGGAUUAGAAGCAGCUCUAUCUGUUGGAGUGAAAGAAAUAGCUAUAUUUGGAGCUGCUUCUGAAACGUUUACCAGGAAGAACAUCAACUGCUCUAUUGAAGAAAGUUUGCAGAGGUUUGAAGAUGUGAUGAUGUUGGCCAAGCAGGAGCAGGUUAAAGUCAGGGGAUAUGUGUCUUGUGCUCUGGGAUGUCCUUACGAAGGAAAUGUUAAGCCCCGUGUCGUGGCAGAAGUGGCUGCUCGUCUCUAUAAAAUGGGCUGCUAUGAGAUUUCUCUUGGGGACACUAUUGGAGUCGGAACUCCUGGAUCCAUGGAGAAGAUGUUAGAAGAAGUGCUGAAACACCUGCCAUCAGAAGCUGUGGCUGUUCACUGCCAUGAUACCUAUGGUCAAGCUCUUGCAAACAUUCUCAUUGCUGUUGGUAUGGGAGUUAAUGUCGUUGAUGCAUCAGUAGCGGGACUUGGAGGCUGCCCAUAUGCUAAAGGAGCGUCUGGCAAUGUAGCAACAGAAGAUGUAGUGUACAUGCUGCAUGGAAUGGGUAUUAAGACAGGAGUGAAUUUAUCUAAACUGUUGGAAGCUGGAGAGUUUAUAUGUGCAUCUCUCAACCGGCCAAAUGGUUCCAAAGUCGCUCGUGCAAUGAGUAAAUUAUAGGACUGAAAGAUCUGACUGACUGACUAUGGAUUAUUAAAAUUGAAGCUUAAUUUAAUGUGAAUAGUGAAUUUUGUAAAUUGUAAACACUGCUUUACAGUAGCUCAAUAAUAAAAAUGUAUUUUGUUAAAUGA